AUGAGUAAAAACACCUUGGUUAUAAGAGCCAUGGGUAGAACCUUGGGUAAAAAUGCUUUGGUGAUACAUACUAUUCUAGCCCGGGGCGUACCAGGGAGUACCAUAUCAGAUUCGUUAUUGAGGCAAGGUGGACUGUAUCUAUAUUUGCGAACAUCUGUACAUGGUGGUGAAAUAUUAUUAAUCGUAGUUGUUAAAUCAAGUAAUGAAACCCAGGCAUCUAAAAAUAACAAUAAAGUUGUUGACAAAUGGUUAGAGAUAACACCUCAAUUAAUGAAUAUAAUCACCAAAUACCCAAUCACAUUACAAUUUAUAGUAAAUGGAAAUGAAAGUGUCGAGGAAGCGAAAGUAACGAGGAAACGAAAGCGUCGGAAAAGUGAAAAAGAAAGUAUUGAGGAAAACGAUUGUGACCUUAUUCGUUGA